CCUUCUCUGUUCCGUUUUCCGUCAUGGAGGCUGGUGGGUCGGAUACCGAUGGCCGGGAAUUCAAGAAUGCUGAAGAGAUGUGGAGAGAAGAGGUCGGAGAAGGAGACGAUCAAAAGAAGACUGAAUGGUAUCGGAAAGGCGUCGGUUACUGGGAAGGUGUUGAAGCGUCUGUUGAUGGAGUAUUGGGUGGAUACGGGCAUGUUGAUGAGGCAGACGUGAAGGGUAGCGAAGCUUUUCUAAAGAAUCUUUUGGUCGACCGCUUUGGUUCUGGCUUAAGAAAUCGCCAUCUCGUCGCUCUCGAGGGCAUAACUGUUGCAGAUUGUGGUUCUGGCAUAGGAAGAAUCACUAAGAAUCUUCUUCUCAGAUAUUUCAAUGAGGUUGAUCUUGUUGAGCCAGUAUCACAUUUUCUGGAGGCUGCCCGUGAAAGCUUGGUUCCUGAGAACAGUACAAUUUCAGAUAUGCACAAGGCAGUAAAUUUUUAUCUACUUCCACUUCAGGAAUUCACGCCAGAAGCAGGAAGAUAUGAUGUUAUAUGGGUCCAGUGGUGUAUUGGGCAGCUUUCAGAUGAUGACUUCGUAUCAUUCUUUAAGCGAGCGAUGGCUGGCCUCAAACCUGAUGGAUUCUUUGUCGUGAAGGAGAAUGUUGCAAAAUCUGGAUUUGUGUUGGACAAGGAUGACCAAAGCAUUACGAGAUCUGACUUAUACUUCAAGGAACUUUUCAACCAAUGUGGUCUGCAUCUCUACAAAUCAAAGGAUCAAAAGGGAUUUCCUGAAGAGUUAUUUGCCGUGAAGAUGUAUGCACUAACCAGCAAGCAAAAGAGAGUGACCAGAUCCAAAGUACAUUCAAACAAACCUGCCAUCAUCAAGUGAGUCUCACAGAUGGAAUUAAAUGUAUCCUAAUGCAAACAACUUCCGAUUGGAGAUCCAAUGGGCCUCCCUAGAAUACGAAGGUGUUCUCAUCUUUUUACCUCCGCCCCAAUUUUUGUGUUGUAACAGGCUUGUAAUUCUAAUACAAAAACAUACAUUUAUAGAUAUUUGUGCUUGUUUUCUGGUAAUACCACAGAAAAGUUGCACAGUUUUCAGUUGGAAA